AAUACAGCAAGCGACACGCGAAGCGAGAGCAGGAGAGCACCACUUGCAUCCCUCUCCAACAGCAGUCCCGCGGCUCGUGCCGUCCCGCUCGAGGGCUCGCUCGCUCAACAGUUCACGCUAUCUCGCGGCCGCAGUCGUCGUGUACGCAAAAGACGGGAACGACGGACCUUUUGCUGUUCCCUUUCGUGCAAGUCCUUCGGAGUCCCGGUGCACUGGUCGAACGAGUCGGGUGCCACCAUCUCGGGCGGAGAAAGUGAAGAAAGUGAGCCCCCCAAAGUGUGUGCGUGCGUGUGUGGAAGCAGCAGCAGCACCGUGCUGGCGUGAACCUAACCUAGAAAAGAGUCACGUCAAACGACGACGACGAGGUGGAGGAAUCAAGCAAAAAAAAAAAAAAAGUUAACGAGCCGAGCUAGCAAAAAUGGCGAUCCGUCGAGAGUCGAAAAAAUGAUGUGGAGCUGCUCGUCGCGGUGAGAAGAUUUUCCACAGCGCCGCUGUGUGUCAAAAUUGUGCCCCUGCGGAAAAGGGGGAACCCGUGAAGUGACGUGACGUGCUGGAGGCACGGGAGAAGGACGGAAUAAGCUCAGCGAAAAAAAGGGAAAAAAAAGAUUGUGUUCGUUUCCUUUGUGGAACUUUUUAUUGCUUCUCUGUGCGUCUUGUACAAGAGACGACGGCGAUCUGGUCGCUGUGAGUGUGUGCGUGGCAGCGCACCGUGCCUCCCCUGUAUGUGUGCGAACGGCAGCGAAAUUUUGACAGUUCGCUGAAGAAACGCGUGCAAAGAAGAAACAAACCAUUGUACAACGGAGUAGAAGCAGAAGCGCAGCAAGCCGCGAUCAGUGGAGGAAUGGAGUGACACUUUCCGGAAGAGAGCACACAUGCACACACAACUUGGAAAAUCAAUCGCAUGAAGAUGGAUCUCGUGCCGCGGAGAACCGCCUCAGCAGCAGUAGCAGUUCCCUGUAAAUGUGCCUUACGAGCAGAAUGUGACGACGACCACGUUGUUGUUGGUGAAGAAGAAGAGGAAGAAGCUGUGACAGUGGGCGAAGAAGAAGAAGAAGAAGCGCACAACUAUUAACGAUAGUGCUCUGUAUAGUGUCACUCAAAACACACACGAACAGUCACACAAGUGCACACAUACACACCCUCACUCACUCUCAGAUGAUUGUGAACCGCGUGUGAACUGUGCUCGCGAGCUAGAAGAGAGAUUAGAGAGGAAGAAGAAGAGGGAGCAGCAGCAGCACACCCACAACAAACCGGUCCAGCCGAAUGAGCUAGUUCAACCACAAUCAACCCUCGAUUAUUUAAUGGGCCAGCAGCAGCAGAACCAGAUCUCCGGGGACAUCUUGACCCAAGACGGUAUUGUGGUGAUCGCUGCCGUAACUGAUCGAAGCCGGUUCUUCCUCAAUGAGGAGUCCAGCCAACACAAAUAUUUAGCUUUUUCCCUAAACUAUUCCUCCAAUUACAAUAACCGAUAGAAGGAAGAAGCAGGACCUCUUUGUCCACUCUUCCACAAAAAAAAAACACACACACACACAACAGUAACGCGUAACGCGUAACAAGCAAGAACAAAGGGUAAACAAUCGCGACCAGAGACAUUACUAGCAGCAGCUUCAAUUGCAACCCCCCCUCGCGCCAACCUCCUUCCACGUUAGACCCGAAGUUGGCUAAGCCAAACAAGCGCGCCGCGUUGAUAAGUCACUCACACACACACACACACCCUCUCGCUCGGGUACAUGUGCCACCAGCAGCCCGCCGUCUCACCAAGACGUACGCGCACACUAGUCGUAGUCACUAGGCCAGAACACCAAGUCGUCGCCGCUAGUCGUCGAGAAUGGACGAGGACAGCAGCGUUGUGCUUUACCGUGCGACGACCGCCAUCGGCACUUCCGCGAUUGGCGCAGCGGGCGAGGAGCAGCAGCUCAGCUGCCAGCCCGAUGACAUCCUGGAGGUGUACGUUCCGGCCAGCAGUGUGAACACGGGCGGGGGAGUCGCCCCGGUGUGGUACCGGGCGACCAACCGGAGAAGCGGCAAGGCGGGCUAUGUGCAGUUGCACAAUCUGGCCCGUUGCGAUGGCACCAGCAUGACAACCUCCGCGUCCCCGUCGUCCCACUACCUGCCGGUAACCGGCCUGGUGAGCAGUGGUGGCAUCGUCGGCGACCCUUCCAGCACCAGCAAUACUAGUAAUAACAACAACAACAACAACGGUAGCACCGUCGAUCCGAGCACGGUGGAACCGGUCACGACGGUGGUGGCCACGAUGGCGAACCUUACGCUCACCAAGUCCACCAAGGACAGCAAUAGUCUGACGCUGAACCUGACGACGACGGCCCCUUCCGGCCACGGCAGCAGCGGCCUCGAGGACAUUUACGUCCAGUGCGUCAACCCGAGCACCGGUGCCGGUUUGGUUAAUAAAAUGGAUGAAUUUAGUAAUAAAAACAUUAACAAAUGUCACACGACCGUACCUGUUUAUUUUGUAACUCCUAUUAUCUGUUUACUUUGUCGCGACUACAUCUGGGGACUCGGACUGCAAGGACGGCAGUGUAGACAAUGCUGGUCCUGUUUCCACAUCAAGUGCUUACCGCUAGCCAUUCAUGAUAUGUGCCAAAGAAAUCCCGAAGUUUACCCGAAGAUGCCGAACACCUAUAGCUCCGACAAGUCAAUUACCGAAUGGACGUCCGCCAACGUGCUCGAGUGGAUGGCUGCUAACAAUCUGUACACCUACGCUGACGUGUUUAAAGCGAAAGAUAUCAAAGGCUGUGAUUUAUCGAACCUGGAUCGUGAUAAACUGGGACAAAUGGGUAUCAAAAAUGAAUUCCACCAGCAGACCAUCCUGGCGUCCAUCAAGGAUCUGCUGACGAGCGCGGAGAAGCCAAUCCAAAGUGGCGUGACGGUGCGUACCACCAGCGGCGGGGUCGUGUUCGGCAUGACCGGGCUAGACGAAGCCGGAGAUGUGGCCAACGCGGCGGACAAGCACUCGCAGCAUGACCUCGUGGACCACUCGUUCUCGAAGCUGGUCAAAUGUGAUAAGUGUCAGCAGUACCUGCGGGGGCUGAUUCAUCAGGGACUGCUCUGUAAGCAGUGUAAUCUCAUCGUCCACCGGCAGUGCUCGGCCACGGGCGGACUCAAACCGUGCGGACCGACGCUCAUGGCGUCUUCGACCACGACGACGACGGCGACCAACUCAACGCCCAACCGCAUCCAGCAGGUCUUCGGGCUGGGGCUGUGCCAGCAGUUCAACGCGGCCGAACUGCCCGCGCCCCAGAUCGUCAUCAUCCUGUGCAACGAGCUCGAGCAGAAGGCCAUGUGCGACAUGAACCUAGAUCUGUACAAACUGUACCGGACGACGCCGCCCAACUACGACGAGGUCAACAAGCUGCGCGACUCGCUCAACGAGAACCUCAUCAACACCGAUCUGUCCGCGUUCUCGCCCGAGUGCGUGGCCACCGUGCUGAAAAAGUUCCUGCGCGAGCUGCCCGACCCGAUCAUUCCGGUCAUGUUCUACGACAAGUUUGUCGAAACGUCCAAGAUCGCGAGCGACGCGGAAGCGGUGAAGCAGCUGCGGGCGUACAUCCACGAUCUGCCCAUCUACCACAACAUGACGCUCAAGUACAUCAUGAUCCACCUGAUACGAAUCUGUCGAAUGCAGUACCAGCGGGGGUUGAAGGCGCAGCCCACGAUACUGAUACAAGUUUGGUGCCAUAUCCUGAUGCGGCCGCCGUGGGAGAAGAUUGUUCAAAUCGUGUACAACACGGAGAACCACCUGCGCAUCAUGGAGCUGCUGCUGUACAAGCUGGACUGGAAGGAGAAGCUGCCGGAGUUUCUGUCGACACCGGCCGUGCCCCCGCGCAAGACGUCGCGGAGUACCGGAGUCGGUUCGGCCAGUUCCUCGCUGUCCCUGUCGUCGACGUCCUCUUCCUCAACCUCUACGAGCGUGACCCAGCAGCCCCAACCGAGUGCCGCAGGAGGUAGCUUGAAGAAGCCGUCGACGAUACAAUCGCCGGCCGGCCCUACUGCUGUGAUACCGAGUCCCCUCGCGGAUGGCGCCGUGGGGACGUACAACAACACGAACGGCGUGGACGCGGUCCGGGGGAUGCGGGGGACGAUGGCGGUGGGUGACGCGGACACGCCGGCGGACCUGCGAGAGGCAGAGUGGUACUGGGGACGGAUUUCGCGCGACGAAGCCAAGGAGAAGAUGACGGACGUGCAGGACGGGUCGUUUUUGGUGCGGGACGCCACGAGCGGCGGCGGGGAGUACACGCUGACGCUGAAGAAGGACGGUACGGAUCGGGUGAUUAAGAUUUAUCACUGCAACGGGCGGUACGGGUUCACGAAGGAGUGCAAUCACGCGAGCGUGGUCGAGCUGAUUGCGUUUUACAAGCGGGAAUCGCUCAAGGAGUACAACACGAUCCUGGACAUUAAGCUGAUGUAUCCGAUUUCGCGGUUCGACGACGACAACUACUUGGGUGGAGUUGUGGGCGAGGAAGCCGGGGACGAUAAGGAGCGGAUGGCGCGGCUGUUUAUCGACACGGCGAAGCAGCUGGCGGAGAAGCAGACGGAGCGGGAACGAUUGCAGGAAAAGUACAACCAGGCGAAGGGGACGGUCGACUUGAAGAAGCAAGCCCAGGAGGCGUUCGCCGAGGCGGAAAAGUUGUUCCGGGAGCAGCUUACGAUUCAGGCCCGCUUCGAGUUUGAGGCGCAACCGCACGAAAAGUCCGGCAUCGGUGCCAACAACGUGCUGAUUCGGGAACGGAUGGAGGAGCUGGUGCUGUGCAGCCAGCAGCUUCAGCAAGCGAUGGAAGAGGAAAAGGCCAACAUUAUGACCUUCGAGCGGGAGCUCAACUCGCUCAACCCGGAACUGAUGACGCUGAGCAAAACCAAGGACCACUAUCUGGAGCAUCUGCACCGGCUCAAGUUCACCGACGGCGAAAUCAAACAGAUGCUCGCCGAUGGCAACUGGUCGGCGGCGCCGAGUUCCAACCUUCCGCACGAGGACGAAACCACCUGGCUCAAGAUCGCGUACAACCGGCAGCAGGCGGAGCAGGAACUCGCCGGUCGACCCACCGGCACCUUCCUCAUCCGGGGUCGCGUCGGCGGUCAGUUUGCGCUGUCCAUCACGUGCAACGAAACCGUCAACCACUGCAUCAUCCACCAGACGGAGCGGGGUUACGGGUUUGCCGAACCGUACAACAUCUACGGUUCGCUCAAGCAACUCGUGCUGCACUACGCGAACAAUUCGCUCGAGGAGCACAACGACACGCUGCAGACGACGCUCAAGUAUCCGGCGCUGGCUCUGCCCAGAACGGCCUCCAACUAGAUUUGUUGUUCCCCCUCACACUCAACUCACCAGUUCCGCAGAAGUCGUCUCUCGUUUUGUUAUUUUGUACAGCUUGGUUGAUUUUUUGUAAGAAGAAUCGUGGUAAAAAACGCAUUUUAGAAUGGGUAGCGCGCGCACGAGGCGGUUCGCAAUUGGCUUCCCAACUACCUAUUUCUUUCUUUUUUUUUCAUUAGCUAGGAAUAUAUAUAUGUAUUUAUAUAUACUAAUUAUGAAAUACAAAAUACAGCUGCGUCGCGCGUUGCGUUGAGAAUGAAUUUUUGCUCCUGGAGCGAAUAGGAAUAAAACAGCGAAAACAAGUUUUGGUUUCUUUCUUUUUUUCUGGGAAGAUUACCGGGGCCAGUAUGAUGAAGGAGGAGGAGAAGGAAGGGGGCGGUGAGCGGAUCAUUGUAGUUCUCGUAUGUAUUUUUUUCUUUCUUGUGACCAUUUGACAUUCAAGCGAAUGAGCGCAACGCAAGUUCACUCACACAAUCAUUUUUCAUUCGCCAGAAAUAAUUUCUAUAAAAGAAAAUUUAAAUUGCAAGCAUAGGUUUCAACAUUUGGAUGAAAAUAGAAGUUUAUGCAAACAAGUUGCAAAAAGAGGAUUUUUUCAGCACGAGUCGUACAUUUAUCCAACGAAGUUUACCGACAUAAACAUUGAAAAAUAUUUGCAACGGCCUAAUAAAAAUGGAAAAUUUCUAUUGAAAAAGGCUAUCAAUUUGCAUUUCGAUCAAAUAUCAAUUUUAACUUAAAAAAAUAAAUUAUCAUUUUCGAUCUGAAGAGAUCAAUAACUAUUCCUUUAAUCAUAAAAUUUUAAUCAAAAUAUAAGUUCAACUUGGAUUUUUUUAGUGUAUUGUAAUACAACAAUUUCGGUCAUUUAUGAAUUUCAAUUGAAAAAUGUCGAUGCAAAAAUUUCGAAAAACUCAACUAUCAAUUUGGAUAGAAAUUUGUCGAUCAACGCUUCCAAAAUUGUUGAUCAAUUGCAAAAAUGUAUCUGAAAACUAAAUCCGACAAAAAAAUCUUUUUUUAAAUUUUUAAUGUAUUUUUCAACAAUAAAAUAGUAGCACGAGUCGUACAUUUAUUCAACGAGGUUCACCGAGUUGGAUAAAUACGAAGAGUGCUGAAAAAAAUCAAGUUUUGCAACGAGUUCCAUACAACAUUUUUUGCAAUUCCGAAAAACACUCAUUGAGUGUAAUUUUAUGUCAAAUUUUCAUGUAUUUUGUCAAUAAAUCGUUUGAAUCAAAAAAAUGUUGAAAAGUGUUACUUUUCGAAACAAGUGCUGAAAAGUUCAACUUUUCAGCACCCAUUUCAGUGCUGAAAAGUAGAACUUUUCAGCAUUUAUUUUGAAAAGUGUUGCUAUUCGAUUCUGUCAUUUUUGGUACAGAAAAGAAGGCUAUUUCGUCGUUCAAGAAUGACAGGAAAAGUAAGUAGUUUCACGACUGAAUUGCAAAAACUAAAUUAUCAACUCACAAAUGUUCAGUAAGCCCCUUCUUCCCGAAUAUCAAAGAGAAUUAAGCAUUUUUUGAGCAAUUUCCCCCUUCCUCCGUUUUGUUUGUGCCAAAGAAAAAAACAGGCACAAAAAGAAAGAAAGCAAAUAAUUGAGCAAAACAAGAGCGAUUUGUGGGCGGCGAGACCGAGAGAGCGUGAAUUUACGGAAAAGAGAGGAGAACCGAAGACAAAUAAAAGAGAGCGAGCGAGAGCGAAGCGAGAAACCGAAUUAGAGGCGGUCCCAGUUCUUUUUUAUUGUGAUUAGAAAUUUGUUGUUGAUAUAUCCAAGGUCAGGUCCAAUAUUUGCAGGCCUUUCGGGAAGAUUGACAGAGCAGAAAGCAGCACAGCAGCAGCGGCUAAUUUAGAGAUGCAUAUAUCGAUGUAAAACUGUAAAAAUUAUCUAUUAUCUGUUUUUAUUUUUAAACUUUGUUUAAGAGAGAGAGAGAGGGAAGAGAAGAGAGUGUUCGUGAUUCACACGAGCACGUGAGAAAAAAAGAAUGGGAACAGGCUCGCGCGAUUCCUUUCUUGUGUAAUUAUUAUUAUUUUAUAAGUUUAACGAUUUUUGUGGCGCCACCAUAGUUUGGUUUGCCUUGAACGCAGCGAAAAGGGCAACAACAAAAAUCGAAGAAAAUCGUGAGAUGUGAAACAUAAACAAAACAAGAAGAGAAAAAAAAAACCUUAGGAGAUAUAUAUCAAUUGAUUUAAUCAUUUUAAACUGUGUUAAUAAUCGUAACGUUAGAAUUCGAAAGUAAACUAUAGGGAGGGUGAAGAAAAUGCGAACUUACCGCGGAGAAGAAGAAAGGAGGCCUGUGAGAAUGAAGCAUCGGAAAUCAAAAAAAAUACUGAACCCAAUACUGCUACACAGUGGAGCAAAAUAAACCAUUAUAAAUAAAAACAAACAGAAAAAAAACACGAGCGUUUAAAAAGGAAACAAACAAACAAAUAUAUAUAUGUCUGGAAAGCCAAUGUGAAACAAAGUAAAUUAGUAAUCAAAACAAAACAAAUGAACAGAGUUUUAAUUUUAAAAGAAAGAAAACAAAACUUAUUACAAAAAAAAGAAAAGAAAAAAACACACACAAGCAUAAGAAAUAUAUAAUAACAAAAUCGUAGAUGAUGUGAAAUUUAAACUACAAAGCGAGUAAAGCGAGAGAAACAAUUGCAAAUUUGUAACGUCUAAGUUUAUUAGGAAUGAAACAAAUUGGACACACGAAAAAAAAAACACACAACACAGCAACUGACAAAAAAAAAAACAAACGGAACCAUUUUUGUGCAAAACAAAGCAAAGCAAACAAACAAAACAAAACUCUAGGAAGAAUAACAAAUUUUUCGGCAGCAAUUUGUGAUCAGAGUCGUUCUCACCGCAGUUUGCGGCAUAGCGGCGCGGCGCGUGAGCUUCAGAGGAAAGGAAGAAAACGAAAGAAUCAGUAACUUUAUAAACCAGUUGUGGGUGUGGUUUCGAAAUUUCUUAAAAUUAGCAAAAAAGAUAGAAGAAAUAGUGCACACAAUUCUAAGUAAACAAACGACGAGCAGAAUAAUUAUUUGAGGUGAAAAUGAACCAGACAAACAGACACACACACUCACAAUCAAACAAUUUGUAGUGGCAUUGAAUUUAACAAACUUUUCGAACUCGUCAGAUCAACCCACAAAUACACACACACAUUCAAACACGUACGCCUAAAGAGAUUUCGACGUUAUUUUUUGUUUCUGUUGGAAAAACGAAAUAUUUUUGGCACAAAUUGAAUGUUAGUUUCAAAAAUUUACGUUCUUGUUUGUUGUUUGAACGAUUUCCUUUUUUCUUUUCCUUUUUUUUAUAUCUUUUGUGUUGAAAAAUCUUGUUUUGUGUUUUUUUCUUCUUUUUAACUGUUUUAAUGCAAUUUUGCAUUUUUUUUUAUGUUUUCCUAACAUUUUGAGGUUUUUAUGGUUUCUAAACAGUUUUCUAUUGUAACAAAAUUCUAAUUAUUUUUUUUCCAAAAAUGUUUUUUUUUCUAUUUAUUUAUAUUUUUUCUUUUAAAUUUUGUCUGCAUUUCAUUGUCAAAUUGAGCAAUUAAAGUUUAGCUAACUGAUGUGUUUUUGGUGUUCCUUUCUUCUUUUUUCGUCUUUUUAAAGCAAUUUUUGUAGCUUUUUUUCACUGUCUGACUUUCUUAAUAAAAAAUUGUAACAUCAUGUAAAUGUUCUUAAUUUUUUCUCCAAAAACGGUAUCUUCUUUUUGUAAUUUUCAGUUUUUUACAAAGCUUACUCGUUUUUUUUCUAUUGUUUUGAAAAUUGGGUAUGCACUUUUUUAAAUUCAGUUUUUUCUUUUGUUAACUUGACUUAUAUUGUUUCGUGGUAAUUUCUUUUUUGUUUUUUUUAAUGCAAUUUUGCUGAAUGUUUAUGCUUUCCGUAAAUUUAGUACCUUAAUUUUUUCAAUUAUUUUCUUUAUUAUUGAGGUUUGUGAGUCGAAUUGUCAGCAUUAAUUCACUUUGUGUUUUUUUCUCUCGCUUUUGACAUUCUUUUUUGAAACUAAUUUGUUUUUGGUUUUUCUAAAAUUUUAAUUUUUGAUUUUCAGAUUUUUUAAGGCUUUCCUCAAUUAUUUAUCAAGUUUUUAUCGAUUUUUCUUGAAUUUUUUUUUUUAUUUUUUAAUUUUUUGAAGCUUUUGGAAAAAAAUAACUUCAGAUAAUGGAACCAUGAUUGUUUUUCUCGAUGAGUUAUUUUCGUUCGUUGAGUCUAUAUAAACCCAAAAAAGGUUAUAAAUUUAAGUGAUCUAGGAUUUGGUUAUCCAAGAUGGCGGUGACGAAAUAUAUGGUUAAAAUGCACUUGUCGGGUCACGAAACUCAAAUUUGAUGCUUAUAGUGAGAAAAUUAAAAAUACGUUCAAAAAACUUUGUAAUCUUCUUAAGUUAAGAUUUUUUUUGUAAAUUUGACGUUUUUAAUGUUGUUCAAAUGUAAGUUUGACGAUUUUUUUCUCAAAGACAUGAAAACUCUUUUAUUUUUGGCAUUAAUGCAGAAACGAGACUGACUGAAGUGUAAAGAAAAGAUGGACAACUUCUGAAAACAUAAAGUGCCAUCUGGUGGCUAACUAGAGAAAUCGGGUAUUAGACUAUGACAAACAAACAAAACACUCGCAAUUUUUCGUGUUUGACAGUUUGUCAAACUCCAAACAAAGCAAAAUGUAUGCAUGCUGACGUUUUUGCAAACAGAUGCAGGCAAACUGCCAAACUGUCAAAAAGUGCGAGUUUGUUUGUCAUAGUCUAAUACCUGCUUUAACUGCGCAGAGCAACGAUGUACGAACAUGAUUCUGUCGAAGAAAGAGUAUGUUUUUUUUUUUUUCAAGAAAUAAACUAUUUUUUUGAAAUGAAAAUUAACGUCGAAAUUUGCUCCAUUUCAAAACAAACAAUCCACAACAACACACAGAAAUACAGCGAAAGAUGUGACCAAACAAAAUAUUUGUACUAAAAAGCAAUGACCGUGUUAAACUUUAAAAAGAAAGAGAGAGAGAGAGGAAAAAAAUGUGAAUCCCCACCUGAAAGUAACGAAAACCGAGACGAUAAACGAAUCAACAACAACAAAACAACCAAGCAGAAAAGAGAAGCAAAUAGUCAUUCUAACAUCAAAGCAACCCAGAUAAACCAACGCAUUUGGCGGUCGAAACUUUCACACACACACACACACACACACAAACACCCACAUUUGCCUAUUUGUCCUCCCCCCUUUUUAUAUACGUGGUAAGUGAAACACUCACACACACUCUAAAAAAACAAAACAAAACAAAAACACAUGUGAAACAUGUACAAAUUAAUAUUAACAACUAAUAAAAACACACACACAAACACACACUCACACUCACAGAAGUGAAAACAAAAAACGUUUAAAAACGACAAAAUACCAAUUGUGAACGCGAAUAAAGUAAAACUUCUUUUUUUAAGAAAAUGAUAAAAAAACAAGAAGACCAAACCCCUUUCUAUAAUCCACCCCCUUCCCCUUGCUCUAUAUUUUCUUUGUCCUGUGUAAGGUAGAUGUGUAUAAUCAAUGUGUAAUACGUAAAAAAAAAACAAGUAGGAGGAGCAGAAGGAGGAGAAACAAAAACACAAAUCGAAAAAGAAUAUCUCUGCGAGAAGAAAGAGAAGGCGAGCGACCGAGAGAGAACGGCAAAAACUAACCUUUAUAUAUACAUAUACUAUUGAAAGUGAAAAGGAAGAGGAAAAAUCGAAGAAAAGGAGCGUUAAUAAUGUAGUUUGUUUUUAAUUCUUUUAAGUCUCGCCCCCUAUCGAAUAAGUCGAACACGUUUUUGUUUACAUUUUUACUGAGCAAAACAAGAAAACACACACUCAUACACUACCGUUGAAAAUAUGGAAAUCAUUUAUAGUUUAGUUCAGACACACACACACAACAUAACAUACACAGACAAGUAUAAAUAUAUAUAUGAUAAAGAAUAAAAACAAAACAAGAAAACUAGUAAUUAUGUAAUACAAAACAAGCUAGAGCUGUGGUCGUCGUUUUUACUAGCAUUUUUCAAAUUGACAAAAAAAAAAAACAAAACAACAAAUAAUAAUAAAGAAAAAAACGAAAAGAGAAUGUGAUGAAUUUCGAAAAGAGGUGAUAUUGUGACAAGUGGGUGCGCGAAAGAGAGCGAGAGCGGGUGAGAGAGCAAGUAAAAGAGAGUGUCGCCGCGAGAGGCAAAAAAACAAACCGAACACACACAAACAAGAGAAGGGCACAGAAGAGCGUGGCGUUGCGCUCACUCUCUCUCACGCGCGGGAGAGAGUGCGCGCGUGCGCGUUCGAUGGAAAGAGAACAAUAGACGGAGCGCGAGAGUUGAGCAGGUUCGCAGAAAAUCAAGCGGGACGGAAUGUUAGGAUUUAUUACAAUUACACAACAGCAAAACAAAAAAAGCAGUGUUAGAAUAGAUAGGUGUUAGGAAACAAAGGAAGAAUAAACAAAGUGAACACUCAUCUCUUCUAAAAUAAUCAAGCUCGUCUCUUUUUUUUCUAUAGAAACAAACAAAAACACAAAACAAAACAAACGCAGGUCCCAUCUUCUCACACUUACACAUAAAACAACAAACACACAAACAAAUAAGCAAGUGAAAUAACAAUAUUACCUCUGUUAUUAAAAGUAAAGAAAAAGAGUCAAAUCCGUUUGAUGGAGAAACCCUCCCUUCCCCUCCCCUCCAAUCUAUCCAUUUGUAUACAGAGAACACAGAAAACACAACAGAUAUUUAAUCAAUAGGAAAGGCUACCAUAAUAGAAUAUAUAAAAAGGAACAUGCUCACAAACGCACCGCACACACAUACACAAAAUCAGAAACAAAAAAAUUCCAUCAAUUGUUUACCAUUGCCGUCGCUUCACUCACACAGCAAAACAGAAAAAUUUGACAUUUGCCAUAAAGAAGGAAAAAAAAAAACGAAAAAGAACUAUGAAAAAUUGAA